AGACAAGGGUUAGUUCGUUGUAAAAUGUUGUUAAAAAAAUUCAAAUAGAUUUCAGAAACAUCAUAUUCAAAUUUGUUAGUUUUUGGGAUUCGCUUUUAUUUUGAAAUCGCGAUUUAGAAUGAGUAAACAGUCGAAAUCGAAAAAAAAUUCUCGCAAAAAAAGAUUGAAUCCUGCUAGUGAAGACGAGGAAAUGGCCAAAGAUAACCACAUGAACAUGAACCAUACCAUGAAUGCCAUGGGUAUGCAAAUGCGCUCGAUGAACCGCUUGAUGAACACAUUCAUGCCGGAUCCUUUCAUGCAGGGAUCGCCAUUCGAUCCUGGAUUCCAGCAGGGCGGCCCCCAUCAAAUGGCUGCCAUGCCCGCCAUGGGUAUGUUCGGCAUGCCCAUGAUGCCAAAUUUCAAUCGUUUGCUCAAUGCCGAUAUUGGCGCCAAUCCGGGCGCUUCGUUUUGCCAAAGCACCGUGAUGACCAUGUCAUCGGGACCCGACGGCCGCCCACAGAUCUACCAGGCCAGCACCAGCACCAAAACCGGCCCAGGUGGCGUUCGCGAGACCCGUAAAACAGUCCAGGACUCGCGCACAGGCGUGAAGAAAAUGGCCAUCGGUCAUCACAUUGGAGAGCGCGCCCACAUCAUUGAGAAGGAGCAGGACAUGCGCUCGGGCCAGCUGGAAGAACGUCAGGAGUUCAUCAACCUGGACGAGGAAGAGGCCGAGCAGUUCGACCGCGAGUUUACCACUCGCGCCCAUCGCGGAGGCGGUCCACACGGCCGUCAUGGUGGCAUGCAGGCCAUUCGUGCACCUCCGCCAGCCGCCUCGACCUCUACACUGACCAUUGAGCCUGUCGAGGAUGACGACGACGAUGAUGACUGUGUGAUCCAGGAGCAGCAGCCGCAGGGCCGCUCGUCCGCUGGCCGCCAGUUGCCAACGCUGCCAGCACCUUCAACGGCUCCGCACGGAAGCCGCAAUGCUACAGCAGCAGCAACAACAACGACCACAGAGUCGUCCUCCCCAACGGUACACGAUCCAUCGAACAACAACUACGUGAGCAUUGGAAAUUCGCGACGCGCCUACAUGCGCAAUGGGCAACACUUGGCCACUCCCCGUCGACCUCUGCGUACCCCCGCGUCCUCGCCGCUGGCCACGAUUUCCAGCGGCAGUCACAGCAUUGCAGCCACGCCAAGCAAACAUCCACAUCCUUAUGCGGCACAUCCAAGGCGCCAGCAGCGCCCCAUGAAGAACAGCCACCACCACCACACAGAAAAUGGCGGCGAAUCAUCAAGUGCCAAGUCGGGCAAGCGGGCCAAGAAAUAGAAGACACGCUCCCACUGCAAAAACACACAAUUGUUCAUCUCCAACCACAUACAACUACACACACACACACCACUGGACAGCUAGCGCUGAUCCUGUUCCAAAAGUACACUUAAUUAUGUUUUAGAAAAGAUACACAACACACACACAGCUGUUUUGUGCGUUGUCCUGCCUGCGUUGUCGUGGGUUAUAUAUUGUCAACUCCAACUAGACAUAACUAUCUGUCUGCGUCAGAUAUAUUGUUCCUUACCCGACUUUCGUACUGACCCGCAGGCAAGGCACAAACACCGCUCUGGCAUUGUCAAGCCGCUGCUCCAACUAAAAGCACUCACACUCUUCCCAGAAAAUUUUCAAUACAGCGAAACUGGCUAACGAAUACUUGAGUUGUACGAUAGUAAAAAAUCAAAGUGAAAAUGA